AUGAAGUUCACCAAAACAUCGCUCUUCUUCGUCUCCGCCGUCUCACUCUCGGCUGCGAACCCCAUGGCUCGCAGUCCGUACGACGAGCUCACAAGCCCCCAUAACCGACACAGUGGAGGCAACGUACGCAAAGCCAACAAUCUCGUCACCUUUGCUCGCCGAGUCUUUGGUGUCCCAGUCUCCCGACCUACUGUCACGCUCCGAGAUGUCGAUGCUCCAGCAUUGCAAACCUCCGCCUUUAACGACAAGAGUCUGCUCGAUGAGACGGCUCGUGAGAUUGAUUUGAACGACAGUGGCUCUAGAAAGCCUCACCUUGUCGAAGCUUAUACCGCUAAGCCACCAACUCAGCUUUUUGCAACUAGCCUGACAGUCCUCAACGUCUCCCAAGCCGCUCUCCAGGCCAACAACAUUUCAACAUUCACCCUACCCAUACCUAAUAUUGUGGCUUCCGCCCUCUCGACCGACGUUUCCUCCGACCCCAAAGGCUCCUUCAAGUUCAACUUUACACUAACGGGCGGGGACGGCAGCAAGAAGAGAGCCAACUUCACCAUAAACUGGCCCCCGGUCGAGGAGAGCACGAAGUCAAUGGCAUUCACAAAGUGCCAUCUGACACUAAAGGAGACUACGAUGAUGCGCCUGGGCAGAACAUGGGAAAUUCGAGCACAACCCAUCAAAGAUAUCCCUGCCGUCUGCAAUAACUUGUGGGAAAACCUCAAACAGCAUGGCUCAUGUGCUCUGCUGGAGAAACCUGUUUGUGGACAGGAUGAGGAAAAUGAGGGACAUCUUAUUUGGCGGUUUAAUAUCGACUUGGGCUGCACCAAGAAGAUGGUAGAGUCGACCUGGCGGAAAGCCACAGAAAACGAGACUGGCUUGGUAGAAUGUGCUGAUGUAUAA